AUGGCGACUCAAAUAACCGAGGUUUAUAAAUGGGAGGGGAAGUGGGCCAUCAAUAUCGACUUUGAAAAAGAAGAAUACCGUGUCAGCUGGGCUGGAAGCUGGAGAGACACACCCGACUUGACCACCUUUCCCGAUAUUGCGGACACGAAUACCGCAACACGAAUCCAUCAUAGCGCCCAGGUGCACGAGAUAUGGGCCAAGUCAAGCACGGUCUGCCACGGAUCCGACUCCCAUAUCCGGCUCUUAGAUCCUUGUGUACAAGACGACGAUUUCCCGGUGUGCAAGGUGGCCGUCAACGCUUGCCAGCGUCGAUCGAUCCAGGACGAGUUUGUCCUCCUUCAAAAACUUGUAGCCCAAAAGGCGCCCGUUGUUUCUGUCCACCCGGAUCCGUUGGUCGAUGAGGACGGAAUAUUUGGGUUCCGUAUGGAGCAACUAAUCAAAGUCCCAGUGCGCACGCUGAUCCAGCAGCAUGCGGACGAAGUACAAACAAUAAUGCAACAGAUACACGAUGCUGGAGUUGUUCACAAUGACUUUCACCCGGGAAACGUCAUGCAGCGACCAGACAAAACUAUGAUUAUUAUUGACUUUGGGCGCGCCGGGUUUGUGGGCCAAGACAUCCCGACCGGCAAAGAGUUACCGCUCUGGAAAAAACCGACGUAUGCCUUCGAAGCAGAUACCAUCACGUUUGAGCAGUUUUUUACAGAACGAAUCUUCACCAAGUGUUUGAAUCACUAG